AUGAGUUUCAAGAACGUCGACUCUGCGCAGAUCGAGAGUCUGCUCUCAAAACUGACUUUGGAAGAGAAGAUUACUCUUCUAGCCGGAAAGAACUUCUGGGAAACAGCUGACUUUCCAGAGAAGGGAGUCCCUUCUCUCAAGACAUCCGAUGGCCCGAACGGUGCACGAGGUGCCACAUUCAAAGGAGGCAUAACCUCUGCUUGCUUCCCUGCGUCGUCACUCCUAGCCGCGACUUGGGAUCUUGAAGCUGCGAAACAUAUUGGAAACGCUUUAGCGGACGAGACACGGUCAAAAGGUGCACGAGUGCUUUUGGCUCCCACCGUUUGCCCUCAUCGUCACCCGCUCGGAGGUCGCAACUUUGAGUCCUUCUCCGAAGACCCAUUCUUGGCUGGAAAACUGGCCGCGCAAUACAUCACUGGUCUGCAGGAGAAGGGAGUUGCGGCCACCAUCAAGCACUAUGCCGUGAAUGAGCAGGAGACCUGCCGUUUCACGGUCAACGAGCUUGUUGCAGAACGGGCCCUUCGAGAAAUUUAUCUGAAGCCGUUCGAAAUCGCCAUCAAGGAAUCCAAGCCCCUGGCAGUAAUGACUGCCUACAACCUCAUCAACGGCACACAUGCAGACUCAAACAAGUUCCUUCUACAAGAUGUGCUUAGGGGCCAAUGGGGAUGGGAUGGCCUCGUCAUGAGUGACUGGGGUGGCACCAACUCUACCGCUGAUUCGCUGAAUGCCGGUCUUGAUCUAGAGAUGCCUGGUCCUACUAGGUGGCGUAAGGUCGACGAGGUCGUCGCUGCCGUGAAGGCUGGCGCUGUCUCGGAGAAGACCAUUGAUGACCGUGCCCGGAAAGUCCUUGAAUUGCUCACCAAGCUGGGCUGUUUCGAAGACCCCACUAUUCCCGACGAGCAGGCUACUAUCCUGCCUGAACACAAUCGCUUGAUUCGUUCGGUGGGAAGCCAAGGUCUUGUCCUUCUCAAGAAUGAGGGCGGAGUUCUCCCUCUGAAGAAGGAGAAGCUCGCCAAGAAGAAGAUUGCAUUGCUCGGCUUUGCUCGUGAAGCUCUUAUCCACGGCGGUGGCAGCGCUAGUGUGAACGCCCACUAUCGGGUUACUCCAGAGGAAGGUCUUCGUGCUGCUCUGGGCGACACUGUUGAGUUUGAGUUCGCAAAGGGCGCACAUACCUUCCGCCAGCUUCCUUUGCUAGUUGAAAAUGUGGUCAACCGCGAGCGUAACCCCGGCUGGACGCUAGACUUCUUCGUUGAAGAACAGCCCACCGAGAAGCCCGCUUCAUCGAGCUCUUCUGAGGCGCCGACUUAUAUGCCCAUCUUUGUCAAGGAGACGUGGGGUAGCGUUCGGGCAUCUACCCGUUACACGCCCACACAAAGUGGAAACCACUAUUUUGGCAUGUCUGGUUUAGGAAAAUCCAAGGUUCUGAUCGACGGAACGGUCGUUUAUGACCAGAAGGAGAACUGCCCUGACUCGAUGGCAUUCCUCCUAGGAGGAGUGAAGGAACCCGAGGUCCAGUACAGCUUUGAGGCUGGCAAGACAUAUACAAUUGAAAUCGAAACCAUGAAGCCCACAUCCAGUGGCGGCCUUGCUAUGCUAGAAGGCUUCAUCGGCUUCCGGUUCGGACUCAUGACCGAACAAGAACACAACAAGGACUUGGUCUCGGAGGCAGUAGAAGUGGCCAAGAAUGCUGAUGUUGCGAUCGUCUUCACCGGUCAUACCCCCGACUGGGAGACUGAAGGCCAGGAUCAGCUCAGCUUCCAUCUUCCCAGCAACGGCUCCCAGGAUCGCCUUGUUGCGGCCGUUGGUGCCGUGAACCCCAACACCAUCGUCGUCAACUCGACCGGAGUCGCAGUCGCCAUGCCUUGGUUGAACGAGGUCAAGGCUGUUGUUCAAGCUUGGUUCCCUGGACAGGAAGCAGGUAACGCCAUCGCCGACGUUCUCACCGGAGCUGUGAACCCUGCUGGUCGCCUGCCUGUGUCAUUCCCGCACAAACUCGAGGAUGCGCCCGCACAUGGAAACUUUCCUGGCGAGUACGUCAACCAUGAUGGAGGUCGCCGACUUCAGGUGUCGUACGAGGAAGGCAUUUUCAUCGGUUACCGACACUAUGAUCUUUCGGAAGACACCCGCUCCAAGGUCCUGUUCCCGUUCGGUUAUGGUCUCUCUUACACUACCUUCGCGCAUGCCAACCCCAAGGCAAGUGUUGCUGGUGAAACGAUCGAAGUGACGGUCGACGUCACCAACACCGGCUCUUAUGCCGGCGCCGAGGUUGUUCAAGUGUAUGCUGGCUCCAGGCUGGUAGUCCCAGGGAACCCUGUCAAGGAACUUGUCGGAUUCGCCAAGGUACACCUGGCGCCUGGUGAGACUAAGACUGCCAAAGUUACCCUCCAAACUCGCCAGCUGGCUCACUUCAGCGAGAAGAGCGGCAAGUGGGAGCUUCCAUCGGGUGACUAUGAGGUGUCCAUUGGGCAGUCUGUGAGAGACAUCACUGGGCAGGCGACAGUGCAUGUGGAUGCUCAGACUUAUGAGCCAUGA